CGUAUCCGCAUCCGCUUCUGCAUCCAGUCCCUCCGACAUGGCAAUGCUUAAUGAGGCCAGCUUGAGUCCCGUGGAUGCACAUGCAACCACACCUACGCACAGCAAGGUUGCGGUGUCCGGUGGCACCACAAUGCUGACCACAAAAACGCCGUUCUCCAUCGAGCAUAUAUUGUUUCAAAAUUUAAAUAGUGCCAAUAAUAACAGUAGUAAUAGCCAUAAUUAUGGUCACAGUCAGAAAAUCAGCAGAAAUGCAGUGAAAAAUGCCAGGAGCGGCAGCUUUGUCCAGGACAUAAAUCCACAUAAACAUCCGUCGCAACACUUGCACCCAACGCCUUCGCAUCCGUCGGCAUCUUCUACCGCGGCAACUGCACCGCGCGGCGAGCAGGGAGCAUCGGGAUAUGGAAGUGAGAAUUACGCCAAGUCCUUGCACAGCACUCAACGACCGUUAACCUUGUGUUUAAAUGUUGGCCACCAUUCACGUUCGAAUGCUUUUUAUUAUAGUGCUGAUCAAACGGCGCAUCCAUUGGGAUCUACGGCAGGACAUCCGCCACCGCCACCGGUGCCAACAUCGCAGCCACCGCCUCCUCCUCCACCAAAUGGAGGGACUGGAGCACCAAAUGGAGUGCUAUAUCCCAAUGCGCCAUACACGGAUCAUGGAUUCCUUCAAAUGACCCUCGGAUAUCUAUCUCCAUCAUCGGGCACCUACAAGUCAGUGGAUCCAUAUUUUCUCUCCCAAGCCAGCCUUUUUGGGGGAGCACCCUUCUUUGGAGCACCCGGCUGCGUGCCCGAGCUGGCUCUUGGCUUGGGUAUGGGUGUGAAUGCACUUCGUCACUGCCGUCGGAGGAAAGCGCGCACAGUGUUCAGCGAUCCGCAAUUGUCCGGCCUGGAAAAGCGUUUCGAGGCCCAACGUUACCUGUCCACGCCAGAGCGUGUGGAAUUGGCCACGGCGCUGGGACUGAGCGAGACGCAGGUGAAAACCUGGUUUCAAAACCGGCGGAUGAAGCAUAAGAAACAGUUGCGUCGGCGUGAUAAUACAAACGAGCCCGUUGACUUCUCACGCACCGAGCUGGGCAAACAGCCAGGAGGCGAAGCCUCCUCCUCCUCGGUGGACUCCAAGCACGCCAAGCUGAACUCUAGUUCCGGCGGCACGCCCACUCAGCAUACAAACGAACAUCAGCAAUUGCAAAUGUGUCUCAUGCAGCAGGGUUACUCCACGGAUGAUUAUUCAGAUCUCGAGGCGGACACCGAGGACGAUGAGGACAACUGCAGUGACGUGGACAUAGUUGGGGACUCGAAACUCUACCAGUUAACAUAGGCGGUUUGAUCUAAGUUUAAAAUUAAAACUUAAUUUUGGCGAGAUACCAAGUUUUAAAAAUUUAUAGUUUUCCACUUUUUGCGUUUUUAUUUCAAGCCUAGAAUUAUUACUGUAAGCCUGGACAAUAUUAGGUGUUAAUAGUUUACAAUUUGUGCACUUUUUCCGUACCUUUAAAAGCUGCCAUUGCAUAAUCAAUAUGCGUAUCUAAAAAUUAAAGUCAUCUGAUUGUAUUUCCCCCCAGAGAUAAAAUAAAAACAAAAGCCUUGUAAAUAUUAAAUAAUUUUUGAAUGAGCUGCAUUCUAGUCGUGUAUUAACCAUACAUCUAAUCAAACUUAGUGAUUGUAUUCUAGAGUACA